AUGAGUCUCUCGACAAAAGAUGGCCUCAGUCCCAUUUGGACCCCGACUGUCCCGCAACACCAAAUUCCAAUGAACAUUUAUCGUGCGCAUAUCAAUCUGAAAUUUAGACAAAAGUUGAAUUCAUCCCAAGAACUGCACCAAUGGUCGGUCCAUAACCUGCAGGAUUUCUGGACAGAUCUCCAUGCCUACACCGGAAUCAUUCCUUCUCUACCAGCAACCAUAAACAGAGCAUUUGAUAGCACGGUGCCAAUGGAGAAUGUCCCGGAAUUCUUCCGUGGUACCACGGUGAACUAUGCUGAGAAUGUUCUUACCGGCAGAGACCGAGACAAGACUGCAUUGAUUGGAAUUCGCGAGGAUCAAGGCCUGGACCGAGAAGUUUGGACAUGGGGUUUACUCUGUGAAAAUGUCCGAAAGGCGAGAAGUGCUCUGUUACAAAUAGGUGUACGAAAGGGAGAUCGAGUAGCCGCCAUUAUUUCAACCAGCGUAUGGUCUGUUGGUUUAUUCCUGGCGACGGCAAGCAUUGGUGCUAUUUGGACAAGCAUUGCACCGGAUUUGGGAGAGGAGGGCUGUGUAUCACGAUUGCAACAAGUUACUCCUAAUGUACUCUUUGCGGACGCUGAGUCUACUUAUAAAGCAAAAAUGCAAUCCAACGUCCAAAAGAUUCGGAAUAUUGUCCAGGCUAUGGAAGCUAAGCCUCAAGUCUUCCUGAUUCCCAUAACAGGAGCCGAUGAAGGCGGGUUUCCAACCCUUGGGGAGUUUCUAUCGAGCUCACAACCAGGAGACGCUCUCCACUUCGAAAGACUACCUUUCUCUCAUCCGCUUUACAUCCUGUAUACAAGUGGGACCACUGGUCAGCCAAAAUGUCUUGUCCAUAGCCACGGUGUGAUCUUACAACAUAAGAAAACAUCUGUGCUCCACAACUCACUGACGUCCGAUGAUGUCGUUUUCCAAUACAGCAGUACCUCUUGGGUACUAUGGAAUAUCAUGAUUGGCCAUUUGUCAGUGGGACCAACCCUCAUUUUAUACGACGGAUCGCCGUUAUGGCCAACAGCAAAGGGCAUGGCAAAGAUUGCAGAGGACUAUCGUGUGACAUAUUGGGGCUGCUCACCUCGCUACCUACAGGAGCUUGAGAUGACCCGAUGCAUCGCAAAGGCCGAGUUUGAUCUUUCCUCUCUUAGAAUGGUACAGACGGGAGGCUCCCAUUUGGGUGCGGACCAAUAUCACUGGUUCUAUCGGACGUUUCCUUCACACGUUCACCUCACAAGCGUGACUGGUGGAACGGACUUGGUGACCUCUUGGAUCGGCACUGAUCCGGCUGGCCCUCUCUAUCCGGGGGAGAUUCAAUUACCUAUGUUGGGGCAGGACGUGGAUGUUGCAGAUCCCAUUACGGGCGAGUCAAUCAAGCAUACCGGUCGACAUGGCGAGUUCGUCUGUCGCAAGCCUUUCCCUUCUAUGCCCGUGUUCUUCUGGGGGGAUGAUGACGGAUCAAAAUACAAGAGUACAUAUUUUGACAAGUUCCCGAACUGUUGGGCUCAGCACGAUUGGGCAAGUUACAAUCCUGUGACCAAGGGCUGGCAGAUACAUGGUAGAAGUGACGGUGUUCUGAAUCCCCAGGGAAUUCGAUUUGGAUCGUCCGACAUUUAUUCUAUUACAGAGUGCGCUCCAUUUAACAAGGUGAUUUCCGCCACCGUGUGUGUCGGUAGACGCAGACCACAUGAUUCUGAUGAGGCAGUCUUCCUGUUCGUGGUGAUGCAGCCCAAACAAUUCUUCACAGCUCAGCUUGUCCUUGAAAUAAAAAACGCCAUUCGCAAAGGGCUGAGCAGCAAACAUGUUCCUCGAUUCGUGAUCGGGGUCAAGGAGGUUCCUAUGACAGUCAAUGGCAAAAAAGUCGAGACUUUGGUGAAACAAAUACUCUCAUCUGGGCAGUUGCCUAAGACUAUCAGCAGCACUGUCGCAAAUCCUGGAUGUUUAGAACAUUUCAGAAAGUUCUAUGAUAUUGAGGUAGCCAAUGAUCACAGAGGCAGGCUAUAG